GUUGGCUCAUGACGAUCCUCAGCGCACAAUCUGACAGAUCAUCGAUCAUCAGAGCUCGCAGCGAUCUGCAUCGGAGGAGCUGAUGCCUGCUUCAGAUGACACAGCUGACGGUGCGCGAGUUUUGCUCUGACAAGGACACGCAUGAGAUGAGAUCUGAAUUCAUUUGAACAGAACUCACGCGCCUAUUUGCAGCUAUUGGAAGUGUAUUGCAACCCACGAAAUUGAAGGAACCAAAGGAAACGAAUGAAGUUAUGGAUUGUAGAUGGACUAUAUAAAUAUCAUCUUUUUGACUUUUUUUAAACGUGCAUCGGUUUCAGAGUGACAUACUUGUUAACUUAGUGUUUUAUUUGAUUUAAUUGACUUGAGUAUUUUUUUUAUAAGCCCUCACAAUGUUCCAGCACAAUAAGAAGUGCUUCACCAUUGAAUCUCUCGUUGGUAAAGACUCCAGCCCCUCAAGUGCCGCCGCGGAUGAGCCCAUCAGACCCACUGCUCUGAGGUUUACUGAAUCCAUCCAUCCUUCUCCCUUUGGGAGCUGCUUCCAGAACUCCGGCAGGACACUGUACAGCAGCAGCCCAGAGAUGAUGUUCACAGAUCCGGCCACUCACUCCAGCAACUCCGGCCUGUCUCUGCGGCACCUCCAGAUCCCCACACAGCCCUUCUUCAGCCCUCACCAGAGGGACACCUUGAACUUCUACCCGUGGGUGCUGAGGAACAGAUACCUGGGACAUCGAUUCCAAGGUGACGACAGUAGCCCGGAAAACCUGCUGCUACACGGACCUUUCUCUCGCAAGCCCAAGCGCAUCCGCACGGCCUUCUCCCCCUCGCAGCUGCUCCGGCUGGAACGUGCCUUUGAGAAGAACCAUUACGUGGUGGGAGCCGAGCGGAAGCAGUUAGCCAACGGGCUGUGCCUGACAGAGACACAGGUGAAAGUCUGGUUCCAGAACAGAAGGACCAAACACAAGAGACAGAAGCUGGAGGAAGAGUCACCGGACUCGCAGCAGAAGAGGAAAGGUACUCAGCACGUCAGCCGCUGGAGGGUGGCCACUCAGCAGGGCAGCUCUGAGGACAUCGACGUCAUUUCAGAAGACUGAUAUCACACGGUUAAUAAACAUCCGUCAUGCUGAUGGAUCCCUGCCACAGAAAAAAGCAAGACAUUCUUCAGACUUCGUCAUGAAUUGAACUCGGCUUGUAAACUAAGGAACUGAGUCACAUUCAGCUGCCGCUGACUUCUGAUCGUGCACAGCUGAACAAAGACUCGACUGUAUGCAAUACACAUGGACCUCUUCGUUUUGGAUCGCGUUCCAUCUCAGAGCAAUGAAGACUUUUUGUAUGCUUUCUUUUGUUACACUUCUCUCUUGCUCCUUUGUCAUCAGUCAGAACAUUUCCAUUAUAAAGUAGUAUAUCGGACAGCAAAGGUAAUAAAACCACCUUAAUGAAUAGAUUGAUAAAUGUUUGUAGUGUUAAAUUGCUUUAGACAUUCAACGGCCACAGUCUUAACGACAAUAGGUCGAUCCAGUGUGUGAAUCAAAUAUCACUCAUAGAUGUACUUCUGAAAAACUGGAUGUUUGUAUGUGACAAAAUGUCAUUAUUUUAUGAACCGGGCAAAUUUAAAGUGGUGAAAUACCCUCACGGUCUUUCUAGAAAAUCACUAGUGCAGUUUAACUUCUGAAAUGGUUCUAUUUAUUUGACUUUUCUAUGCAUUUGAGCUCCAAACCCAAAAUGUUACUUAGCGUUUUACAUCCGGGUUAAAGCUUACAAAAAAUUUGUAUUGCGUGAGAAUGAUUUUUCUUUCCUUUUUUUUAAUGGCUCUUGAACUGAUGUCAAAUAUCAGUGAACUAGAGAAGCUUAGAAAAUGCUUGAAUUUCUUUCUUUUUUUGCUCUCAAUUAAAAUAGAUAGAAUCUAACCUCCAAGACCCAGAAUGGUUUGUAGCACUUCAUAGCAGAUUGUUUCUUUAUUGGGUUUCCUUUAAGGUGAAAAGCACUGUAAUCCCAUCUGUUCCCAGGCAUUUUUUG